GCGCAUGCGCAGUAAAUGUAAACCGAGUUUUAGGUUAUGUGCAAGUUCGAAGAAUGAUUCGAAAUUGAAGCAAAAUGGAUUAAUAAAUGAGUUUUCUUUGUUUGAAGAGAUAUUAAUUUUGGAAAACUCGAACCUAACCUCACUUUUUGUAGCAGCAAUGUUUGCGAAAAAAGCACGAAAACGGUGGAAGUUUGAACUGGAAGACAAGUUAAAAAUGGUUUGGUUAGGUAAGGUUAAAUACAAGCUAAACUUUGAACUGAAAAAACAGAUCACUGUAAAAUAGUCACCCGAAGAUCAAAUCCAGUGGCCCCCUUUGAUAAAACACAGGAGACUGCGACAUGUCCCCGAGGACAAAAUCCAGUGGUAUAAAUGUGGCGCAUUUAAGGGGGUACCAUUGAAAAGGUAAUUCGGCGACAAGAUGCGUGUCGUUGGGGUCCUGGACGUCGUCGCCCUCCUUUUUCAUCUGUCAGGCAUCCUCUGCAACAUAGACCGUCUCGAGCUGAUAAUGCCCCGGUACGCCAUCCGCGGCGGCGACGUGAUCCUGAAGUGCGAACACAGCGUGCCUCCCGAGCAGCUCUACAAAGUCGAGUGGCAGAAAGGAGGGAACAAGAUCUUUCAGUACAUCAAAGGCCGAAGGCCCCCAUUUAGAUACUUCCCGACGGCGGGGGCCGACUUGAACAAAGCGAACACCAGCGAGAUGCAGAUACAGCUCUCGAAAUUAGAUUUUUCGGCGUCGGGAUCAUAUUCCUGCUUGGUUUCUAUGGAAACGCCGAUUUUUACAAAGGAUUCGAAGACCAAGGAUCUUACGGUUAUAGAGCCCCAAGACAAGGACCCGACCAUCACCUUCAACAAGGGCACCUACGAGAUCGGCGAAGUCGUGGAGGCGAACUGCACGACCGCCGCCGCCAGGCCGCCGCCCCACAUCACGUGGCUAAUUAAUGGCGAAAAGGUGCCCGACGCUCUGACCAAGUCCUUUUCCAACGGGAUGGUCCACGGCCACGGCUACUUCGAUCAAAAAGCAUGUUCCAUCAAACAGCUCGCGAUAGAAGUGUCGGAGCUGCACGUGGGUGACGACGGGGAGCUGCGGCUCACUUGCAUGUCGACGAUUCCCGGUUACAUCAACCCGAACGAAGUUUACGCUGAUGAAAGGAAAACGUCGGUGCGAAUCGAAAUCGAGAUGACGGAAGGUCCCGUGGAGGCCAUCUCCAACAACAACAACAACGUCUCGUCGAGUUGCGACCGGCGUUUCAGUUCGUACUCCUUCGAGGUCAUAAACGUGGUUUUCGUUACGUUGUUUUAUUGUCUAUAGGUGUUGCGAUGUUACUAGAUUGUUUAUGUUUUGGCAACGUUGGUCAAACUGGUUUCUAUUUUCUAAACUUUAUAGAAUGGUGCUGUAGUCUAAUUUAAGCGAAAUUUACACAGUUGUUCCAUUUUUUUACGCCUGCAUUUGUUGACGUGUAAAUUUUGCGUUAUUCGCUAAGAUAGGGUAGUUUUUAUUUGCUAGGUUAAAUGUCGUAUGAUGGAAGCGACUUCAUUUCAGUGCAGUAGAAUCGUAAUCGAUGAUCGGCCAACGAACAGUGCCACCAUCUUGUCCACCAAUCGAGAUCCUACUGUCUAUUUUAGUUUAAACUAUAGUCAGUCUAAACUGGAAUAGCACAAUCAUACAGCUUUUAGCAGGGUAUAAGUCAAACAAAAACAAAAAAUUGUAUGGCUGUUUUCGUUCUUACUAUACAAUUAUAUAGUAUGACAUAUUGUUAUGACUUAACGUUUAGUUUAUCAAAGUUUUAAGAUCUGUACAUAUAAGUGUGAAUAUUGUAUCUAUCUGGAGAGCACUUUCAUAAUUUCGUCACCGAACGACGCCUAAUUUCGCACGUACUUAUUUCGAGGUUAUGUUAGUCAUCGACCGGUUUCGUGCUCUUGGAAACUUACCGAUCUAUUGUCAAUUAACAAAACAAUCAUUUAUUUAAGACAGGAGACGUAAUUAAGCAUUUUUCUCGCACGAAUUUAUCAUACUGGGUGUUAUUUUCUCAUCAUUUCUAGCUGUUAUGAAUGUUAUUUGUUUAAUGUGAUGUCUUUCCGAUGUACCGAUUCAUGUUCUUGUUUGAGAUUUGUUCGAAACAAUCAAGAAACAAUCAUUUUUGAAGUAGGCUGUUGGGGCCGCUCCGCACGGGCACUUCUCGGGAGGGAUCAACAAUCACUGCAACCAAAGUCAAUCAAGAAGUCAAUAUCGGCGCGAACUCGUGCGCGGUGGCCCCAAGUAAAGCGCGCGGGCAUUAAAAGGCGCUAAAUUCAAAUUCCGUUUGGUUGUAUUUUGUCAUAUCUAGGUUAGGACUAACGCAAAUUUGACGCUAUAUAACGAUAGUCUUAUACUAGGUAAAUAGCUUAAAUGACUGUUGCUAGAACAGUUCGCGGGCUAUUAUGGCCAAAAAUGUCUUCCUUGAAAAAGCUAUUGUCUAUUAUAAAGAUAAGGGAGCAAAAUUGUCACUUCGAGCUAGAGAUCUUGUAGACUUUUUGUUUCUUGAUUAGUGCAGAUUUUGAUUCACACAAAAUGACUGAUAUAGAAAAUAAAAUCACGUAUUUUUUCUAGUUGUGCACUUGGAGGUUCUUUCAGUUCGAUUUCUGAGUCGCGCGCCGACGUUUGAUACAGGAAAUACGCCCUAAGCUCGUAGAUUUGACAAUAAAUUGCUUUAAUGAAAAUAGUUUGGAGGUUUUGUUCGGAUUUUUCUCAGUGUCUCGAAAUCCCAACAAAAUUCAUGCGAUAAGUUGUACAUAUACGUGUGAGAUGUAAUUGUAUGAUUACUAAAUGUUUUACGACGACUAUCUGAUAAUAAAUUAAUUAUGUACU